CAAGGCGCAUGCGCAAGUGUCGACUGUUCUAUCGCAGCGGUGGACAUCCGUUCCGGCCACUUCCGGUUUCUGGACAGCAGGCGCGCCUGAGCCUUUCCGUUGUCAAGGCGACGCCGCCCGUCGGGGGGAGCGUGAGCAGGUUGGCAGUGCUUCGUGUCUCCUCGCUUUGGAACCUGACACCUUUGGGAAGAUGGUGAAUGUUUUGAAAGGAAUACUUAUAGAAUGUGACCCAGCCAUGAAGCAGUUCCUGCUGUACUUGGAUGAGUCAAAUGCCCUGGGGAAGAAGUUCAUCAUACAAGACUUGGAUGAAACACACGUUUUCGUGUUAGCUGAGAUGAUUAACUGCCUGCAGGAGAAAGUGGGAGAGUUAAUGGACCAGAACUCUUUUCCCAUUACACAGAAAUAGACAGUGGGUUAAGUAUUGUCUCUUCCACAGUGUACUUAUGAUGUGGAACUGAAAUUCUCUGUAUAGAUUUUCCUGGUGACUGAUUUGGGACAGUCUGGAUAGAUGUGGUCCCUCUCAUAAAUCUGCUGUUAUUUAUUUAGAUUGUGUGUUUAGGGGGUUUUUUCCCCCUCAAUGUGUGAAGUAUUUGCAGUUCUGGUGAAAAUAAAGUGACUGUCAUUACAUGUCAUUUUAUUAAUCUCUUCUGUGUGCCAGAGAUGGAGUGAGUGAAGUGGAAGAACAAUGCUCUCUGCAAUUAUUAGAAGUUUGUUUUUAAUUACAGGGUUUCAAAAAGAUGGACUCAAUUUGAAAUUGCUAUAUCUCUGCUACUACAAACUGCCCCUAAAUGAAACCUUUACCACUUGAAAGGGUGGCUCAUAGACUUUCAAAUGAUUCUUGCUAGAUGCCUCUCCCAGGCCAUAAACAACCCCUAGCUUUAGUCAUUGAACCACCAAUGCCAAAGAGUUUUCACAAUUUGAAGAAACAGGCUGCCAUGCAUUUCAGAGGAAAUCUUGAACACUGCCUAUACUGUUUCUACCUUUUUGUGUAAUUGUAACAUUUUGACAUUGUAAAAAAAAUGCUUUGAAACUGCACCAUCAUUUUGAAACAUUUGUUGCUAUUUUCUUUUGAUAUUUACAGCAAUUAUUGCUGUUUUGAAAAGCCUGAUAACAAACUCAUACUGAAUAAUAAAAGUGCUUAUACCCAG